AACCUGUCACUUUCCCCUGCUGGGAGCCAUGGCUGCAGACAGCCCUGUACAGAGGCUCCAGGAUGAAGCUUCUUGUUCCAUCUGUCUGGAGUAUUCCAAAGACCCAGAGUCUAUCCACUGUGGGCACAACUGCUGCCGGGCCUGCAUCACCAACUACUGGGAGGAAUCGGAUACCAACUUCUCCUGCCCCCAGUACAGAGAAACUGCCCAGCAGAGAAACUUCAGACACUACAGGGAGCUGGCGAAAAUUAUCAAAAUAACCAAGCGGCUGAGCUUACAGGCAGCCAAAGGCUCAGGAGGCAAGCGAGUGUGUGAGAAACACCAGGAGACCCUAAAGCUAUGCUGCGAGGAGGAUCAAGCCCCCAUCUGUGUGAUCUGCCGAGAGUCCCAGGCUCACAGAGCUCACACGGUGGUUCCCAUAGAGGAGGCUGCCCAGGAGUACAAGGAAAAAAUUCAGAUCCAAUUACAGAUUCUGAAGGAAGAGAGAGAAAAGCUGAUGGGAUUGAAACUGACCAAAGAGGCAAGCAUCUGGGAGCAUCUGGAGCAAGUAGAAACAGAGAGGCUGAAGAUUCUGUCUGAAUUUGAGCAGCUGCGGCAGUUCCUGGAGGAACAAGAGCGACUCCUGCUGGCCCAAUUGGAAAACCUGGACAAGGAGAUUGAGAAGAGAAGGGAUGAGAACAUUGCCAAACUCGUGGAGGAGAUUUCCUCUCUAAAUGACAUGAUCAGCGAGCUAGAGGGGAAGUGCCAGCAGCCAGUGAGUGAAUUCCUGCAGGAUGUCCGGAGCACCUUGAGCAGACCCCUGCAGUUUGGGAAAUGCUGGAUCAGAAGAGAUUCCUUGGGACUAGAACCGGAUGUGACUCUGGAUCCAGACACGGCUCAUCCCCGCCUCGUCCUGUCUGAGGAUGGGAAAAGCGUGAGAUGGGAAGACACGCGCCAGCACGUGCCCGACAAUCCCAAGAGAUUUGAUUCUUCUCGCUGCGUGCUGGGCCUGGAGGGCUUCUCCUUGGGGAGGCAUUACUGGGAGGUGGAGGUGGAGGAUGGGGGAGCCUGGGCUGUAGGGGUGGCCAGAGAGUCUGUGAGGAGAAAGGGACGGGUCAAUGUUAACCCGGAGGAGGGCAUCUGGGCGGUGGGUCAAUGUGGGACUCAGUACCUGGCUCUCACCUCCCCUAAGAUCCCCCUCUCCCUUGCUGAACGGCCCAGAACGAUCGGGAUUUAUCUGGACUGCGAAGAGGGGCGGGUGGCAUUUUUUGAUGCUGAUAAUGAGGCCCCAAUAUUCACUUUCCCACCGGGCUCUGUCCCUGGAGAAAAAAUCCUCCCUUUACUGUGUUUGGGGAGAGCAUCCCAGUUCAGACUGUGUCCCUGCAUCACAGGGUAUAAUGUAGAGCCUUAGAAAUACACAUGGUUAGCCUCACACAGCCC